ACUGUCCAUCAUUUUAGAGGGUGCAUCGAAACGGUCCAUCAUUUUAGAGGGCGCCUCGGGGCUGUCCAUAAUUUUAGAAGGGGGGCCUCAGGACUGUCCAUCAUUUUAGAGGGUGCAUCGAGACUGUUCAUCAUAUUAGAGCGUGCAUCGAGACUGUUCAUCAUAUUAGAGCGUGCAUCGAGACUGUCCAUCAUUUUAGAGGGUGCAUCGAAACUGUCCAUCAUUUUAGAGGGUGCAUCGAAACUGUCCAUCAUUUUAGAGGGCGCCUCGGGACUGUCCAUAAUUUUAGAGGGGGCCUCAGGACUGUCCAUCAUUUUAGAGUGUGCAUCGAGACUGUCCAUCAUUUUAGAGGGGGCCUCGAGACUGUCCAUCUUUUUAGAGGGUGCAUCGAGACUGUCCAUAAUUUUAGAGGGUGCAUCGAGACUGUCCAUAAUUUUAGAGGGUGCAUUGAGACUGUCCAUCAUUUUAGAGGGGGCCUCGGGACUGUCCAUCAUUUUAGAGGGGGCAUCGAGACUGUCCAUUUUAGAGGGGGGCCUCGGGACUGUCCAUCAUUUUAGAGGGCGCCCUCGAGACUGUCCAUCAUUUUAGAGGGGGGCCUCGGGACUGUCCAUCAUUUUAGAGGGGGGCCUCGGGACUGUCCAUCAUUUUAGAGGGCGCCUCGAGACUGUCCAUCAUUUUAGAGGGGGGCCUCGGGACUGUCCAUCAUUUUAGAGGGGGGCCUCGGGACUGUCCAUCAUUUUAGAGGGGGCCCUCGGGACUGUCCAU